GAGGAUGCUCUCGAGCUCAAAUCCUCUAAAGACUCACUGGAGCUGGACUCCCCAUUGAAAUAACGAGCUGCAUCUCAGUAACGUCUAGCUUUAACACGCCGCAUGAUUCUUAUCAGUGCCCAUCACUGUUUUACUUUGUUUCGAACGAGUUUUACCGGUUCGCGAAAGUGAAAUUAGAAACUGCGUCGCUUACGCAACUCUGAAGAAGUUUAUGAGUUAGUUAGCUUCAACUGCUAGCUCCAGAAGUCAAGGAGCCGUUUGUCUUCGGUAUGCUGCAGGGUGACUGAAGAGAGGGGAGAAGAAGAGGGAGAGCGCUUGUUGGGCUUUUUCUGUGCCCGACAUGAGUCUGGCAGAAGCCAGCAACCAACCCGCUAGGAGAUACAGUCUGCUUCGGUAUGGAUAAAUAGCAAAACAGCUGCUCUGUCUUAUGUGAGAAGAAGAAGAAAGGUGGAGGACAUCAGCGACUAUGAGCAGGGCAGAACAGAAGGACAAGGUCUUGUCCCGAAGUGAAGACCCUCUCCAGUGUCUGCACCGCCCAAACCCCAACCCCCUGAUCCGGAGCAGACCUCUGAGUGACGUUUAUCCAUCGCAGGUCGUCGUUGACAGGAGCUCUGUCCCCUACCUGCUGUCUGGGUGUGGUGCCCAGGUACAGCCGGUGGGUGCUGCUCCGAUCUCUGACGAGAGCAGGAUAAACGGCAUCAGCCCCUCUGCCUGGUCCAACCCUGUGAUAGGUCAAGCAGAAGUAAGGCCUCAUAACUCAAGAAUUAUGAGGCUGUUUUCAAACUCCAGGAAGGGCGUCAUCCCUCCUAGUAGUCCUACUGCCGACUGUCCAAACAAUGACAGCAACGGCGGCCCCCAGCCGUGGACCGGGCUUUCAGGGCUGGGUGUGGUGGACUCCUUCAAGAAGCUACGAUCGUCUGUACUGCAAGGAAUUCAGAGUAAAGGGGCAGCAACAAGCAGCCUUGGACAGAAUGUACCAUUAGCGGAUGUGGAAAUGCCAAAUGGAUCAGCUGGGAGCAGCUCAGAACGUGAGCCAGCUGACGCUGCUCAUCUUUUAACGACUGCAGAAGGAAAUCUUGUAUCAAAUGGAAGUUUAGCUGACCAAAAAUCUGCAACGAUUGAGCAGUACGGCUCAGAUAUUGAGGACUAUGAUGAUGAGGAAGCUGAAAGUGGUAUCACACGCAAUUCCCGGUUUUCCAGAAGCAUGAGGAAAGCAUACGGGGCAGGAAGAAUCACGUUACUUGAUACAAAAAAUGGAAGAAGUGACAAAAAUGACACUACAAGCAGCACGCAAAUACCAAAUCCUUCAUUAAAGGUGGACGUCCAGACAGAAACCCAGAAGGAAAACAUUAAUGUGAAUGUUCUGAGCAGAUUCAGUAAAAGUGCAGAUAACCUGCAUAUAUUUAGACGUAAAAACCAUUGUCCAGGUCCUCCAUCCCCACAGGAAGACCCUCAGAGGAUCACAUUGUCAAAUGGGACCCCAAGCAUUCAAAGAACUGCCAGCACUUCCUCAGUGGACCUCCGAGGCAGGAGGAGCCCGACGAAGAACAAGGGGCCAAUGGUCAAGCUAAUCGGCAGCAUGACUGACCUAACCGGCCGACGAAAGCAAAGUCCGUCCCCAAGUCCCACGUCUCCAUCUCCCAUCUCCCCUUUGAGCCGUCUCCACGAUGACUACUCUCGCCGUUUGCCUUGCCUGCAGAGCAGCGAGCGACAGCGCCGGCCCGUAGCCGUCACCGCUCAGGUCAGCUCUGUCAGAUGUACUCCCCUCAUUCACGCCCAGCCUGAAGACAGCGCAGACCUGCAGUCGCAUCAGGGUGUCGCCGACCCACUUUCCUCAGGGCCCAGAGAAUCACCAGAGCAGAUUUCAGCUGAUAUCUCUGCUCAGCAUGAGCUGCUGCCUGCUUCAACUACCAGUAAUGCUAAACAGAUGGUCGAAUGUGUUUCACCCCCACUCAGCGAGAGAGAGGCAUUGCAACAACAACCUGACUUUGCCUCGAUACCAAAUGAGGUGAAAUCCCACCUUCAAGAACAAGAGUCAAUUCUCCAAACAGACAAAGUCUCCCCAGCGGGCAGCAGCCCACCUCUUGACCCCCCAGCAUGCCUCUCCAGCACACCCGUAUCCCCCACACCUCCCACAGACGGAGCUGCAGCUUCCACAGAAUCCGCCUCUGUCAAGCCCAGACAGAGGAGCGGGCGGCCCAGACCUCGGCCGAUCUCCGACUACGCCCAGCUCGUUUCCAGGAAGCACUGCAUCCCCGAGGAAGUAGCAGAGACAAACUACGAGGAAAGGACACAAGAUGCGCAGCUGCAGGAAGAUUGCAGGUCCAGUGGGAACGUCAGCAACCCUGACAACUGUAGCCUUAACGGGGAGGUUCAGAGACAUCGGCCCGUCUCGGUGAUCGGGGCCGUGGAUCUGUUCGCUGCAGAUACUGAGCUAAAGGAGGAUCGCCUUCCUUCUCCUUUGUCGCGACCACCAAUCCCCUCCCACAAGGUGCCCCCCUACAGAGGAGUGUCUGCCAGAUUCCGACCCUGCGCUCUCUCCCAGAGCACCCCGAUCGGACUGGACCGCGUGGGGCGGCGCAGACUCCACCGAGUGCUCAGCGCUGGUGUGUCUGAGUGUUCGGCGACGCUGGAUGACAGCGUGAGCGAGGAGGAGGAGGAGGAGAGCAGCUUCGAAGAGCUCGCUGAUGGAACACCCUACCUCCAGCCUGGGGUGGAGCUCUCCGUGCUCAACGAGUGGAUAAUCUCGGGCCAUGCCGUGUACGCCGAGGCUCUCUGGGACCAUGUGACCAUGGAGGAGCAGGAGCUGGCCUUCAAGGCCGGCGAUGUGAUCCGCCUCCUGGACGCCUCUCACAAGGACUGGUGGUGGGGCAGAGGAGGCGACAGGGAGGCCUGGUUCCCGUCCAGCUUUGUGAGGGUCCGUGUGAACCAGGAGGACUCGAGCACUGAGAGCGUGGAGAGCGUGGCGGACCAGGAAGAGCCGGCCCCCAGGGAUAAACCCAGCACUCAGCACAGGGAGCAGAUGAGAACCAACGUGGUUCAGGAAAUCAUGAACACUGAACGCAUCUACAUCAAACACUUAAAAGACAUCUGUGAGGGUUACAUCCGUCAGUGCCGGAAAAACUCCAGCAUGUUCACAGAGCUGCAGCUGAAGACGAUUUUCAGCAACAUAGAAGACAUCUACAGAUUCCAGAGGCAGUUCGUCAGGGAACUGGAGAAGAAGUACAAUAAGGAAGAACCGCAUCUCAGUGAAAUCGGCUCCUGCUUCCUCAUGCAGGGCGAGGGCUUUUCGAUCUACUCCGAGUACUGCAACACUCAUCCUGCUGCCUGCGCUGAGCUGCAGCGUCUCAUGAAGAUGGGCAAAUAUAAGCAUUUCUUUGAGGCCUGCCGCCUCCUCCAGCAGAUGAUCGACAUCUCCAUCGCUGGUUUCUUGCUCACACCUGUCCAGAAGAUCUGCAAAUACCCGCUGCAGCUGGGGGAGCUGCUCAAGUACACACCCAAAGACCACAGGGACCACGCCGGUGUCAGCGAAGCGUACGAGGCUAUGAAGAAGGUGGCCAGUUUAAUCAACGAGAGGAAGCGGCGGCUGGAGAGCAUCGACACCAUCGCUCAGUGGCAGGUCGCCAUUCUGCACUGGGAGGGCCCUGACGUGCUGGAGCGCAGCUCGGAGCUGAUCCACUCCGGCGAGCUGACCCGCGCCGUCCGGCAGGGUAAACCGCAGCAGCGCAGCUUCUUCCUGUUCGACCACCAGCUUGUCUACUGCAAAAAGGACGUCCUGCGCAGAGACCUGCUGCACUACCGAGGACGUCUGGAUAUGGACGAGAUCGAAGUGGUGGACGUCGCCGACGGGCGGGACCCGGACCUGGGCCUGACCCUGAAAAACGCCCUGCGGCUGCGGAACGCCUCCACCCUGGAGUUCAUGUGCAUGAUGUGCUGCAGGAAGGUGGAGGACAAGCAGAGGUGGCUGGAGGCCUUUGCCAAGGAGAGACAGAGGGUGAAGGAGGACCAGGAGAUGGGAAUAGACAUCAGCGACGAGCAAAGAAAACAGGCCAUCGCUAAUGCCAGAAGACCAAAACAUGGAAAGAUCAAAACCGUAGGCUACGCCGACUCUGUCCCGCCACACCAAAACCUGCCCCCCCUCCAGCAGCGCCACAUCACCAUUCCCACCAGCGUGCCUCAGCAGCAGGUGUUUUCUCUGGCCGAGCCCCCCAGACGAAAGCCUUACCACCUGCUGUACAGCAUCACUCGCAGCGCCUUAUUCAGGAAAUGAGGCUCUCUUGCGCUAAACCGUCCCAAAAACUCAAUGAACAUUUUUUAUUUUUUUUUCUAAUUUGUGUCAACUGUUGUUUUAGUGCCUGUUUUUCCUAAUGUGUUUGUUUUUAUUGCUGAGUGCCUAAAAUUUAAAGAGGCAUCAUAAAAGUGUUAAAACUGUCUGUACUCGUGUUUUUGUUUUGUUUUGUUUUGUUUUUUUGUUAAAAAUGCUGCUUUUUCCAAAACAAAAGAAAAAAAAAACCCAUCCUGUUGUUUUAAUAAUUCCAGCUCACAGAUAUAUACUUUAAAUUAAUGACAACGACGUUUUGUCUGCUUUUAUUUCCAGGAACAAGGUUUUAGUUUGUUGCACAAGGGCUGGGACGUUUUUUUUUUUUAUUUGCCGAGUUUGUCAACUCCGAGCACAGGAGGAUAAAUGAACUCCUCGCAUUCAUAUAACUGUAAUAUUGUAAAUAAAACUGAUGUACAAACACAA